AUGUCGGGCGAUACCUCAGGAGGUGGUGCGCUCUUUCAGACGCCUCCACAGAGUGUUUUUUCUCAGGAUGCUUUGCUCUCCGCGGGCGCGACAGCUCCGGGGUCCUCUCUGUCGCGGACAUCCUCCGAGAGGGGCGAGGGCGAGGCUGUGCCACCGGCUGUGCCGCACGACGGCCUGAGCGACAAGAAGCGCUCGUUACCCCCUACGCCUUCCGCCUCGGGUUCGCCGCCUCCCGAGUCUGACGGCUCAGAAAACGCCAAGCGGAUGCGACUCGACGGCUUGCAGCUGUCCGCGCCGACCGACGACUUGCAUGCGCAGGGGGUUCCGGAAGACGCGUUUCCCCUCCCUGCGCAGGCCCUCCGCCCUCUCGCCCCGCCCUCCUUCUCAGACCACUCGCGCGUCUCAGCCGCCUCUGGUCAUGGCGUCGUGCACUCGCCUCCGGACGCGUCGGCCUUCGCUUUGCCUAGCGCGCUGCCCGAGGGCAUCUCAGCGCCUCACGGCGAGUUCGCGCGCGGCGGAGAGGACGACGAAGGCGACAAGGCAGACGGCGCCAGCCGAGCGUCUCCUGGGGCUGCCGGAACUGCAGGCGCACAGACUCUCAAUGGCGCGCCCGGCGCGAAUCUGGCCAGAAAGGGAGAGAACAAACCGGUCGAAAUUGCCCCCAACGUCACACGGCUCCCUCCCUACGACAAAAACGUCACGUCUUCGAUUUUGGUUUCCACAGCCACGUUUGAAACGAUAAGUCUCCCUUCGGAGAGUUUCCGCCAGCAGCUCGAAAACGGCAUCUCUGCGGCGUCCGCCCACGCAGGCGGCAAGACUGGAGAGGCCGCGACGAAGCGAGAGGAGAGCGAAGGGUCGGCGACGACGGAGGAGAAGGAGAAGAGCUCGCCAGAGAAGGAGCUCGCAAAUCUCCCUCUGGGCACUCCCGCCGAUCGGCCGCCGGUCCCCCUCGACGAGGAAGCGCUGCGAAAAAGGGAGGAGGAAGCUUGGCGUUUGGCGCAGGAGAAGGAGGGCCGUGAGCCCUACAAGCUCCCGACGUGCAGCAGCUGGUUUGACGAGACGAAAAUCGGGGCUGUCGAGCGCGAUCUCUUGCCGACGCUCUUUGCCGGAACUUCGCUGACGGGGCCGGAGCGCGACGAGCGGUACCUGCAGCUGCGUCAGGGCAUUGUGAACCUGUAUCGCGCGGAUCCCACCAAGUAUCUCUCCUUCUCAGACUGCCGCAAAGUUGUCGCGGCGGAUGGAGCGCUUCUGCUGCGCACGCACAGCUUCCUCGACUACUGGGGGAUUAUCAACUUCCAGGCAGAUCCUGCCACGAUUCCGAGCGCCGUCGCGCGCCGCAGAGACUUGCUGCUCAAAGACGUCGAGACGCUCCAGCGGCGCCGGGAUCGUGCUCUUCCAAGCGAGGAGAGUUCGGCUUGCCGAAAGGCUUCGCUGCUGUCGUCGCUUUCCUCUGCGCGUGUGCCCGACUCGCAUCCGAAGGCGGGCGAAGGCCCGUGGCGCUGCGUGUCUUGCGGCAAGAUCUGCUUGUAUUCCUACUACGUGCUCAGGCCGGCCGGAACUGCGGGAAUCUCCCUGGGCGUCCUCGAUAACUGUGUGUGGUGUCUGCGGUGCUUCUCUGACGGGCGCUAUCCGUCCGCUCUCACCGAGCGUCACUUUCUCAAGGUUGGGUUGCCGCUUCUGGGCGGCGAAGGCAAGGACGGGAAGUGGACGCUGGAAGAGACUGAGCGUUUGAUCGAGGGAAUUGAAAAGUAUCUGCAUGACUGGAACGAAGUGGCGGCGCAUGUCGGUGGCGGCCGCACCGCGCAAAUGUGCGUCGAGCGCUUUAUCCAGCUUCCAAUUCAGGAGCCCCUGGCUUCCUGUGGGUCUGGCGAGCGCGACGCUGGCCCUUUCCGCCACUUCGAAAAUCCGCUGUCGUCGCUUUUGGCGUUCAUGGCGUCGACAGUCCACCCCUCGAUCACCGCUGCAGCCGCGCGGGCGGCGGUGCGCAAGGCGGUAGCGCUCGCGGGAGACAGCGAGGCGCGCGCGAAGGAGAGUGGCUCGGAGGACGCUGCGGCGGCUGCGGAAGGUGACGACUCCGAGGCCGUAGCCGCCGGCGAAGAGGCGAAGAAGGCUGCUGCGCUGAAGCCCUGGGCGCAGCGCGAGGAGAACCGCGGCCUCAUCGCGGACUGCGAGCUGCAGGUGGCCUGCGCGACGGCGCUCGCCGCCGGGGCCUCGGAGGCGCGACAGCUCGCCAAGCUGGAGGAGAAGGAGAUUGGGAAGCUCAUGGCUGACGUCGUGAAGCUCCAACUGGAAAAACUCGAGCUGAAAAUGAAGCGCAUGCAGGUGCUGCAGACGCGAAUCGCCCAAAGCAAAGCCGCCAUGGAAACCAAGUUCGCUCAGCUCCUCAACGAGCACCGUGACCUGGCGGCAGAGCUUGUCAAGACGAAGGAGGCGGCGCUCACAGCGUUGCCUUAA